ACUCUUCACCACUUGUUAUGCUGGUGAAACAUGGAAGGCAUGUAGCGCAUAUGCAAGAUAUGAGAAAUCCAUACGAAUUUUUGGUCAGAAUAUCUGAAGGAAAGAGGUCAGUCACGAGACCUGACAUAGAUGAGAGGUUAAUAUUGAAACAUCCAAAAAAUAGUCCGUGAGCUACUAUAAGCUUCUCAUGAACUGUUAUCACUGGAGUGUGUGUUCAUUUUGUAUUUGCGACCGUACAGAGGAAGGACAUUUGAAUUUAAAAUAAAGAGCAAAAAUGGCCGUAUAUUUUAAACCAUUCACGACUCUAUCAUGAUAGCUCGUACAGCAUUUCUCGUCUGUGUAAAAACUACCUGUGGCGGAUCAUGUGUACCUGUCUUUAUUACUAACAAAAUGGCUACAACACUGUGGAUUUUUUAAUUUCCGGUUUCGUGUGACUAUACGUAUGUAAGAAUUAGUGAAACAUUUAAAUAGCUGCGUUAUUCUGUAAGUGUAUGGUGACGUAAAGAUCUGAAGAAAGCAUCGGGUCUCAUUAAUAAGGAAUUGUGAGUGGCCAGUGACGAAAGAUGUCAUCUAAAGCCAUUCGUGAAGCUUCAGGCAAAGAUCUAAUCAACAGAAACCUUCCUAAUGGGACAGCAGCUGCAAAGUGCCAGUUUGCUUCUGUUGCUGAGAGUACUGACUGGACAGAGCUUAUUUAUAACAACCCAUGGCUCCAGACACAGAAACUUGUGGUAAAACCUGACCAGCUAAUUAAACGACGUGGCAAGUUGGGACUUAUUGAAGUGAAUGCAGACCUUUCAGCAGUGAAAUCAUGGGUUGAAGAGCGCAUAGGAAGAGAUCAGAAAGUUGGCCGAGCAACUGGAAAACUUAGGAAUUUUAUUAUUGAACCAUUCAUUCAUCAUGAAGCAGAUGAAGAAGCGUAUAUGUGUAUCUACUCACAACGUUAUGUAGACACCAUUCUGUUCCAUCAUCAAGGUGGUGUUGAUAUUGGUGAUGUAGAUGCCAAGGCUCUUAAGCUUAAUGUACCUGUAGGUCACACUGUUGAUGCUGCUACUAUUCAAGACAAGCUGCUAACCAAUGUUGUUGCUGAAAAGAAACUGAUAAUAGCAAAAUUUAUUGAAUCCCUUUAUCAACUGUAUACAGAGCUAUACUUCACAUAUCUUGAAAUUAAUCCCCUGGUUGUGACAAAAGACACAAUCUAUAUUUUGGAUCUAGCUGCAAAGCUUGAUUCAACGGCUGACUUUGUAUGCCGUCCUAAAUGGGGAGAAAUUGAUUAUCCCCCUCCCUUUGGUCGUGAUGCUUUCCCAGAAGAAGCAUACAUUGCAGACCUGGAUGCCAAGAGUGGUGCAUCACUUAAGUUGACAAUUCUGAACAAGUCUGGACGUAUCUGGACAAUGGUAGCUGGUGGAGGUGCCUCUGUCAUUUACAGUGAUACCAUCUGUGACUUGGGAGGAGCAUCAGAACUGGCCAAUUAUGGAGAAUAUAGUGGUGCUCCAUCUGAACAGCAAACAUAUGAAUAUGCCAAGACCGUACUUGGCCUUAUGUGUCAGGAGAAACAUCCAAAGGGCAAGGUAUUAAUUAUUGGUGGGGGCAUUGCCAAUUUCACAAAUGUGGCAGCUACAUUUAAGGGUAUUGUAACAGCACUGCAGGAAUUCCAGUCAAGAUUGGUGAAAUACAGCAUCUCUAUUUUUGUACGUCGGGCUGGCCCUAAUUAUCAGGAAGGUUUGAGAAUCAUGAGAGAUGUGGGACAAAAUUUGGGAAUACCUCUGUAUGUGUUUGGUCCAGAGACACACAUGACAGCUAUUGUUGGCAUGGCACUUGGAAAGAAGCCUAUCCCCAAGGAAACAGAGGUGGAGUUUGCCACAGCCAAUUUCCUCUUACCCGGUGGACAGAGUAGGUUGAACAAAGGAGACGGUGAACCAUCAAUGGAAAGUCCUCUACAAUCACGUAAGGGAUCUACUAGUUCCUCUUCUUUAACUACCUCUGUGCUUAAAGAAGCAGCAAAUGCAGCCAGUAGAGCAGCAGGAGGGGAUACAAAAAGCUCAUAUGAAGUUCUGUUCACAAAAAAGACAAAAGCCAUUGUUUGGGGAAUGCAGACUCGGGCAGUCCAGAGCAUGUUAGACUUUGACUUUGUAUGCCGACGGUCAGAGCCUUCGGUGGUUGCAAUGGUAUACCCUUUCACAGGAGACCACAAACAGAAGUACUACUGGGGACACAAAGAAAUUUUAAUUCCAGUAUAUAAGAGAAUGGAUGAUGCAAUGACAAAGCACAGGGAUGCAGAUGUACUUGUUAACUUUGCAUCUCUCCGAUCAGCCUAUGAAAGUACUAUUGACACCAUGAAUUACCCACAGAUUCGUACAAUUGCCAUUAUUGCAGAAGGUAUCCCAGAAAAUAUGACACGAAAGUUAAUCCUUUUAGCCCAAGAGAAGGGAGUUAACAUAAUUGGACCAGCUACUGUUGGUGGUAUUAAACCUGGUUGUUUCAAGAUUGGCAACACUGGUGGUAUGAUGGAUAACAUCCUACAUUCCAAACUGUAUAGGCCUGGCAGUGUAGCAUAUGUGUCACGGUCUGGUGGUAUGUCCAAUGAACUGAAUAACAUCAUUUCAAAGUCAACAAAUGGUGUGUUGGAGGGUGUAGCCAUUGGUGGUGACCGGUACCCUGGUACCAAUUUCAUGGACCAUAUCAUGAGGUAUCAGGCAGAUCCAAAGGUUAAAAUGAUUGUUCUGCUGGGUGAAGUUGGAGGUGUGGAAGAGUAUGAUGUAUGUGAAGCACUGAAGGAUGGCCGCAUUGACAAACCAUUGGUGGCAUGGUGUAUAGGAACUUGUGCAGGAAUGUUCACCUCUGAAGUUCAGUUUGGCCAUGCUGGUUCAUGUGCCAACUCAGAUCUGGAGACAGCUGUUGCAAAGAACAAAGCUCUGAGUGAAGCUGGUGGACAUGUACCACACUCAUUUGACUCCCUGGGUGACAUAAUUCAUGACGUGUAUGAUAGAUUAGUCCAAUCUGGAGUUAUCACUCCUGAACCAGAGGUUCCACCUCCCACAGUUCCCAUGGACUAUUCAUGGGCCAGGGAACUGGGUCUCAUUCGCAAACCAGCUUCAUUUAUGACGAGCAUCUGUGAUGAGAGAGGGCAAGAGCUGAAUUAUGCUGGAAUGCCAAUAAGUGAUGUCUUGAAGCGUGAUGUUGGAAUUGGAGGUGUAGUGUCACUCCUGUGGUUCCAGCGCUGUCUUCCACCGUAUGUCUGUAAAUUCUUUGAAAUGUGUCUCAUGGUAACGGCUGACCAUGGACCAGCUGUGUCAGGUGCACAUAAUACUAUUGUCUGUGCUCGUGCUGGCAAGGAUCUUGUAUCAUCCCUUGUCUCAGGUCUGCUCACAGUUGGUGACAGGUUUGGAGGUGCUCUGGAUGGUGCAGCCAGGCAGUUCAGUGAAGCAUAUGAUUCAGGCCUUCACCCUAUGGAAUUUGUGAAUGCAAUGAGGAAGAAAGGUCAACUUAUUAUGGGUAUUGGGCACAGAGUUAAAUCUAUUAACAAUCCUGAUAUGCGUGUGAAGAUUAUUAAGGAAUUUGUAAUGGAGAGUUUUCCAGCCAAGCCUCUUUUGAAUUAUGCCCUUGAGGUAGAGAAAAUCACCACAUCAAAGAAACCAAACCUCAUUCUCAAUGUAGAUGGUGUAAUUGCUGUUUCUUUUGUUGACCUUCUCAGACAUAGUGGCAGUUUCACAAGGGAGGAAGCCCAAGAAUAUAUAGAGAUGGGUGCUAUUAAUAGUCUCUUUGUUCUGGGAAGGAGUAUUGGUUUCAUUGGCCAUUACAUGGAUCAGAAACGUCUGAAGCAGGGUCUCUACCGCCACCCUUGGGAUGAUAUUUCUUAUGUGUUACCUGAACAGUAUACUAAUUGAAGAAUGAAGUGACAGAUGCUAUUGCCAAACUUGUGGUAUCUGCCACCAAAAUAGUCAGAUCAGACAUAGGCUUUAUAAAUGUCCACAUACAGUAAACAAAAUCAUAAUUCCAGGAUGUUAAAGAAUUCGCAUUGUAGUCAUGUUCUGCACACCCUCAUGGUACAGUUACUUUGAUUUUUGACAUUCUUUUGAAUGGCCAGAUUUACUAUGUUAAUGUUUGAAAGUCUAUACAGUGUAGUCAUGGCAAAUGCUGACUGACACUGAAUUUGUUUCUCAAAAAGAUAAUUUUAGUUCCAGAAAGAUGCUGCUUUUGUCGUAGCUUGUUUGGGUAGGGUUAUAACUCUUAAUAGGUUGAUAGAGUUGUGUUGGAGGAAUAAUUUCUAAUCUAAAGUAAAUGUGUCACACAUUGACAAGGCGUUGAUGAUUGAGAGAAUAAAACCCCUAAAUGUGAGUGGAACACCAGCAAUACAUACAUAUGAUGUUACAGUAUGUUCAUCACUUAUGCCCUGUCUUUUCAUUAUAAUCAUGCUCAUCUUGAUAAGUAAAGACAUGCAUUUAUUUAUUGUUAGGCAUUUCUUGUCAAAAUUUUUUAUUCUUACUGUAGUAAACAACUUCUGUGAAUUUAGACUGUGAUAGAAGCCACGAUUGAAUCAGCAAUUAGGGUAUGCUUUUGCACUGUAAAGAAGUAUACUAGUGACAUGUGCAGAGGUAUAUGCCAUAUUUCACACGUCUGUAGGCCAUUUUCGUAUUUGGUGUAAUUACUUUUGAGCCAAACAUAUAGUCGUGACAAUUCCCACUUGUAGUUUCACCAAGAUAUAGCAUCUCAGAAUAUUUGUUAUAUUUUGUAGAUGAUUAAUAUAUUCUUUCAGUUCUCAUGAUACAAGAUUUUAUAUAUAUAAUUCUGAUAAUAGGGAUGUGUUUUAAGCUGAUUUUAGUUCCAGUGAUGUUUUGAAAUUUGUGGGUGAUUUGUGACAAAAGAAUUCACAUUCCAUGCCAAGUGCAGUGAAUUAUCAACUCAAUGACUUUUUCUUUGACUUCAGUUGAAAAAUAGUAUUUGCUUUGCAAAACUGAGUUUUGGGGCCUAAUUUAGCUUUGACUUUCAUUUGUACUAUGUAAACAAUAUAGUGGCUGAGAAUUUUCUUAAACAGAAUUUCAGUUUGAUGCCUGUUAAACUGGUUAACAACACUGUAAUAAUAGCAGCACGCUGUAGUUCCGUGUGAACACCAAUUAUAAGUUAUUGACAUACUGUGUGUUACAUUCAUGCAGUUAUUUAAUGUUUUAAUUGACCUCUGUUUAAGAACAUGAUGGCAUAAUAUAAUAUUUUAUGUAAUGUGAUCAAACAAUGCAAGGUGUGCACAAAUAUACUUCCAUUUUUAUGUUAUA